UUAAGAUGCAUACACUUCUCACUUAUGUCCUCAUUAAAGAGUGUCCUUCAUUUCCAAGCUGGGCUUGGAGUUUUGGCCAAUAUGUUUCUCCUUUUUCUCUAUACUUUCAUAAUCGUAGGUCACAGACCUAAGCCCGUGGACCUGACCUACUGUCAACUGUCCUUUGCUCACCUAAUGAUGGUCUUCACUGGAGGGGACAUGUGGCUUACAGACAUAUUUGAGUCACUGAACGUUGAAAAAGACGUCAAAUGUAAGACAAUUUUUUACAUAAGCAGGGUAAUGAGAGGCGUCUCUAUCUGUAUCACAUGCCUCCUGAGUGUGUUCCAGGCUGUCACUAUUAGUCCCAGUAACUCCUUGAUGGCAAAAUUUAAAAAUAAACUAAAAAACUACACGAUCAAUGCUUUCUUCUUUAUUUGGCUAUUCAAUUUGACCUUCAGUGGCAGACUUAUCUUCUAUGUUGGUGGUUUUACCAAUGUGAGUGAGACCAACCAGAUGAAGGUCACUAAAUCCUGCUCACUCUUUCCUAGAAACUACAUAAUCAAUGAAUUAAUUGUAAUAGUGACUGUCUUCAGAGAUGUGUUUCUUAUAGGGGUCAUGCUGACCACAAGUGCAUACAUGGUGAUAAUCUUGUUCAGACAUCAGAGGCAAUGCAAGCAUCUUCAUAGCAUCAGCCACCUGAGAGCAUCCCCUGAGAAAAGGGCCACCCAGACCAUCUUGCUGCUGGUGGUUUUCUUUGUGAUCAUAUACUGGGUGGACUUCAUCAUCUCAUCUACCUCAAUCCUAGUAUGGAAGUAUGACCCAUUCAUUCUGACUGUUCAGAAGUUUGUCAUGAAUGCCUACCCUGCAAUUACUCCUUUGAUACAAAUCAGUUAUGAUAAGAGAAUAAUAAGAAUGCUGAAAAUCUUGCAGGCAAAAUGCCACUAG